GGGUAGACCCAAGUGGUUAGGUAACAACCAUACAAGUACUGUACUACUACGACGUGCCAUUGUUGACGCAAUACGGCCAACAGGAGGCAGAUUCAGCCAUCGGUGGAGGAGUUAUGAGUACCACGGUGGCAGUUGCGGUGGAUGAGCACCAGCAGCAACAGCUCAAGAAAGGAAUAGCGGAGUUCUAUGACGAGUCUUCCGGGAUUUGGGAGAAUAUAUGGGGAGAACACAUGCAUCACGGUUUCUACGACACUGAUGCCGUCGUAGAACUCUCCGACCAUCGCUCUGCUCAGAUCCGUAUGGUUGAAGAAGCCCUACUUUUCGCCUCUGUUCCUGAUGAUUCAGAAAAGAAACCAAGAACCAUAGUUGAUGUUGGGUGUGGAAUAGGAGGUAGCUCAAGGUACUUAGCAAAAAAAUAUGGGGCCGAAUGUCAUGGAAUCACCCUCAGCCCUGUACAAGCUGAGAGGGCUCAGGCCCUAGCUGCUGCCCAAGGAUUGGCCGACAAGGUUUCAUUUCAAGUUGCAGAUGCUUUGAACCAACCAUUUCCUGAUGGGAAGUUUGAUCUGGUUUGGUCAAUGGAAAGUGGAGAGCACAUGCCUGACAAACUCAAGUUUGUUAGUGAGUUGGCUCGAGUGGCCGCCCCAGGAGCCACAAUUAUUAUAGUUACCUGGUGCCAUAGGGACCUUUCUCCCACCGAAGAAUCCCUACGCCCAGAGGAAGAAAAGAUCUUGAACAAGAUUUGUUCCAGCUUUUAUCUUCCUGCUUGGUGUUCUACUGCUGAUUAUGUAAAAUUGUUGGAAUCCCUUUCUCUUGAGGAUAUUAAAGCAGCAGACUGGUCGGGCAACGUGGCCCCAUUUUGGCCAGCAGUGAUAAAAACAGCAUUAUCUUGGAAGGGCAUCACUUCGUUGCUACGGAGUGGAUGGAAGACCAUAAGAGGGGCAAUGGUAAUGCCAUCGAUGAUUGAAGGAUUUAAGAAGGAUGUAAUCAAAUUCUCCAUCAUUACAUGUAGAAAGCCUGAAUAAAAAUGGUAGUCAUGAUAUUAUGUACGCUACUACUGUACUGUUUUGCUUAUGAACAACAGGUUGUUUGUGGGUUGAAGGUAUUUAGGUGUGUAAACCGAUCUCAUAUGGACCAGACCGGAUCUUCUGUCAACGUGCAGGCGAGUCACAUUUUACUUUUUACAUUUUCAAUGCAUUGAUUUGAU